GGGGUGGCUGCCGAGAACCGGCAGCUGCGGGACCGCAACCGCGGCCUGAGCCGCCGCCUGCGAGAGCUGGAGCGGGAGAGCAGCUACCUGCGGGCUGUGCUGGCGAACCAGAGCGCGCUGGGGCAGCUCCUGAGCCGCCUGGCCGGGACCCGCGCCGGCGGGCUGCAGCUCAGCACCAGCCUCUUCAGGGACACGGGCAGCCCCCGCCGCCAGCAGCAGCACCUCCAGCCCGCCGGCGAGAGCAGCGACCACGACUACGCCCUGCCCAGCUCCCGGCCCCGCGGCCAGGAGGAGGCGGCGGCGGGGACUGAGACGGAGGAGGAGUGGGCGGCCCCCGGCGGGAUCUGCCUGCACGUGGACCGGGAUCAGGUGUCGGUGGAGUUCUGCUCCAUCUGUGCUCGGCGGGCAGCGGCCUCCUUCAAAAUUUUCUCUUUUAGGUGGUUGCCCUGCCAGGCUCCGUUGUGUAGGGGUUAAAGAACAGUCGUUUUCCACCUCGCAACCUGUGGAUUCAGCUGUGUUGGGGCAGAAGAGACGGGACCAGCUGCUGGCCACAUUUCCUGCUUUAUUUUAAAAGGUAGUAUAAGAAAUGAGAAUAAAGAGGUAACAGGGCUUUUGCUGUCUUUGGUUUAAAAAAAAAAAAAAAAGUUGAAUGCUGGGAUUAUUUACUGUCAUCCAAGAUGAUUUUUCUUAAAAGGCAAUAUUCUAUCAAACAGGUUUUACUCCACUGUAUGCAGAAUUCCAUCUGUUCAGGGGAUAUUGCCAGCACAAAGGAGACUUAGUGGGAUUAAAAGAGACUCAGAUUUACACUUCUGUGGUGGCAUCAACAGGGCUGUUCAAAGUUUCAGUCUUGGGUAACUCUGCUGUAACUGAUGGGUUAUACCAGUGCACAGGAGUCAGAGUUAACCACCAGGACCUGCACUGACUGAUAUGCAAAAUGGAAAUAAUUUAGAUUCAACCUAAUCUCAACCUGCCUUGCUCAGACUUCAUGAACGUGCUUUAUUUUGCAGUUUAAUGUGCUUGAGGAAAAGAGAAACACUAAUGUAGCAAGCAUGGGAUGUUCCAGUGGCAUUCUUAUGGUUACUUCAGUGUAGGAGUGUUAUUUUAAGUUAAUUUAAACAUGCAUUCUUUCUUGUUGCAUCACUGCUGAAUGGCAGGGUCAGGGACAGUUCUUCUGGCCUCUGCUGUGAACCUGCACAAUGCUCUGUCGUGACACGACCUGUGGCUGUGUCUGAGAGCAGCUGAUUUUCUGACAUGCAAAAUGAUGUAUUGUGGUACAAGAACAAGGUCAAGUCCCAAGAAAGUCAGUGGCUGCAGGCAUUUCUAGUGCCUACUGAAUCAUAUUUAAACCAAAUAGAAGGGAGGAAGUUAUUUGAAACUCUGACCAACUGUACUAUCUGUAUGGUGUAUUAUUAAUGUAGCUUUUUGAAGUGAAAGCCUUGAAAUGACAUAACUUAAUACUUGAAAAUAUAUUGUAAAUGUUUCUUUGUAAUUAUGUGCCAUUCAGAUAAGAAUACAAUAUCUUAAUAAAAUGAGACUUGUUCAUCUUUCAGUUUAUGGGCUCAAAUGUUCUUUCAUCUUUUUCUU